AUGGCCUUAAAUCCCUUGGAUUUCCCUCCCAUGUUGGGCUCCUCAGUUCUGGGAGUUCCGCCUCAACCCCUUCCUCCUGCCACCUAUGCUAGCAACCUCUCUUCGUCUCCUUCUUCUUCCGAUGAGUUCCCUAUGUCCUUUGUCUCCCCGACGAAGAAACUCUCUUUCAAAACUGACGACCUCACGGAAGGCAAGAACUUCUGGCAUCUUUCGCUUGUGGGUUACUCCAUCGGGCAACGACCGUAUUACGAGCGUCUACUUGCUGCUAUGAACAAAGCUUGGAAGCUCAAGGGCUCUUUUUCUCUUCUCUCCCUCGCUGAUGAUUUUUUCCUGUUAAAGUUCACGUCCGCGGAAGACUUCGACAUGGUCCGCACCGGUGGCCCCUGGUUCUUACUUGGUAAGCCGUUCAUUCUCCAGGAAUGGUCGCCGAAAUUUAAGCCAAAGCGGGAUGAAACUGGCUCUAUUCCCCUUUGGAUUAAGAUCCUUGACCUUCCUCUCGCCCUCUGGACUCCGGCAGGUAUAUCAAAAAUUGCUAGUUACAUUGGAGUUCCAUUAUAUGUUGAUUCUCUUACUGCUAAGCGUACUAGGCUUACGUUUGCUACAAUAUGUGUUAAAAUUGAUAAAAAUUCGAAGAUGCCGGAGGAAAUCCCGCUGGAAAUUGAUGGGGAAGACAUGUCUCUCAAAGUAGUCUAUGAUUGGAAACCUACCAGCAAAAGCAAAAAACCGUCUGAAAGGGAGCGCUCUUCUGACUCUGGAAAACAAGGCAACGCUACGGACAAACCCAUUCCAACUCCUCCAUCACCUAUCAAGCAACUACCACAACCAGAAUUGGAAGUGAUUCAGCCUGUUUUGAUUCCUUCCGAAUCAACUGUUACUCCACAAGCCGAAUUAAAUUCAGAAAAGAAUUCGACGCUUCCUAAUCUUAAUCUUCCUAAUGAGGAGUCAGCUUCUUCAGAGCAUUUUAUCGGUGCUAUUUCCCCUCCCAAAAAGGUUCUUCCUACUCUCUUACUUCCUUCUCAAGUUACUCUAGCAAACAGUUUUGCUUCCCUGCAGACUGAAAAUCAUUUAACUUCCGAGGGAGACUCUCUUGAGGGGGAAAGUAACUCUUUCACCUCUAAACCUGAUGAUCCGCCUCCUAAAAUCCAAACUCCUACAUCAAAAAAUCCUCCCGGUAAAAACAAGUCCCCUGCCAAAAAAACCAAAGCCAAAAACUGCCAAAAAGGCAAAACCUCCCAAGUAGCCAUGUCCCUGCCUCCUCUUGCUGCUUGGAAUGUUAGGGGGUUUAACAAUCCCACCAAGACCAAAAUGUGCAAAGACCUCAUUUCUUCUUAUAACCUUAAGCUUCUCUGCAUCCUGGAAGCUAAAGUACACCAACAGAAUUCUGAUGACCCUUGGUUUUCUCAAACCCAUGUCCUGUUUGAGAAUGAAAUGAGUUGUGAUAAUUUCCAUUGUGCUUCCCCGGGCCGUAUCUGGGUGAAAUGGGACUCUUCGCAAUUUACUUUUACUCCUACCUUCUUCUCGCAGCAAUUGAUUCAUGGUAUUUUGAAUGCGGGUUCUUUGCCGCCUUGUCAUUUUUCGGUUGUAUAUGCUGCAAACCAGCCUGAGGACAGGAAAAUUUUAUGGAAAGAGUUGCUCGAUUUAUCUGUGGGGGUGGAUAAUCCAUGGAUUGUCCUCGGUGACUUCAACUGUUAUAGGUUUGAUAAUGAAAAAGCUGGCAGAAUUUCAUCGUCUUCCGCUAGAUUGGUGGAAUUCAAUAAUUUUAUUUUUGAGUCUGGUUUACAAGAUCUAGCUUAUGUGGGAUUGUUUUACACUUGGUUUAAUCAAAGGUCCGAUUCCCCCAUUCACAUCAAACUCGACAGGAUCUUGGUGAAUUUGUCUUUUCUGGAUGUCUUCCCGGCGGCUUACUACAGAGUCGAUCCUCCUUCUGGGUCGGAUCACUCUCCGUUGAUUCUCUUUGACACUCAACCCAAUAAACCUUUCUCUAGGUUUAUGUUCAAGGAUUAUUGGACUCAUUUUGAUAGUUUUUGGGAGGCUACUCUUUUAGCAUUUGAAAGGCCCUCUACUGCCAGUCCUAUUCCAGCUCUGUAUAAUUGUUUAAGAAUGCUUAAACAGAAGAUUCGUGGGAAAAAUUGGAGCUCCUCUAAUUUUAUUUCUAAUGCUAUCCUUGAGGUGAAGAAUUUCCAAGCACAAUGUAUGAUGGAUAUCCAGCACGAUCCUUCGAACCCUUCACUUAAUUCUUCUCUUAAGUUAGCUAAUGAAAAAUUGGGGGAGGAUGAUCUCGGUUUCCUGUAUGCCAAGAUUAGAUCGAGGAAGAAUAGAAAUACCAUUAAAGUGCUUACAACUUCUGCUGGACAUAUUACUUCCCACAAUGCCAUUGCUCAUACUCUGAUUGAGCAUUUUAAGGGUCUUUUCAAUGCUCCCACUCCUCCUAAAGAAAAUGACCUUAUUUUUCCUGUUGGUAAAAAAGUGCCCACUGAUUUGCUAGAUGGUUUAGUGUUAAAUGUUACAAAUGAGGAAAUUAAGAAGGUGGUGUUUGAGGGUGUUGCUUCGUCCUCUCCGGGUCCCGAUGGUUAUUCUUUUGGCUUCUAUCAAAAAACUUGGCACAUCACGGGCUUUCUUCUUUGCAAAGCUGUAAAAAAAAUUUUCAUCUCUGGGAAUAUGACAAAAGGAGCUAAAGCCACUGCGAUUACCCUCAUCCCCAAAGGAUCUCAUUCCAAUACUGUGGCUGAUUUUAGACCUAUCUCUUUAUGCAAUGUUUUUUAUAAAAUCGUGGCUAAGAUCAUUGCUAACCGUUUGAAGAUCAUUCUUCCCCACAUCAUCCAUGAUAGUCAGUCUGGUUUCAUUUCUAAUAGAGUUUCGACUGACAACAUUAUCCUGGCUUCAGAAUUUUUUAAAGAAUUUAAGGGGUCUCACAAUUAUUUUUGUGCCAAGCUUGACAUUAAAAAGGCAUUUGACUCGGUUUCUCGUACCUUUUUGCUUAACAGGCUUAGACAAAAAGGUUUUCCUGACUUGUUUAUCAAUUGGAUCAAAGGUUGUAUCUCUGAGGUUAACUUCUCCAUUUGUCUUGAUGGUUCGUUGGAAGGUUUUUUUAGCUCCACUUCUGGUCUGAGGCAGGGGUGCCCUCUAUCACCUCUCCUUUUUUGUAUCUCUGAGGUUAACUUCUCCAUUUGUCUUGAUGGAUACAUUCCGCUUCUAUCUCCACCUCGGCGGUCGGCGACAACACCGGAGCAGUGGUGA